GCCUUGCCAUGAGCUGUGGUGUAGGUCGCAGAUGCUACUCGGAUCCAGAGCUGGAGCAACCUAUAGCGCAGGCCUGCAGCUGUAGCUCUCAUUUGACCCCCUAGCCUGGGAACUUCCAUAUGCCGCAGGUGCAGCCCCAAAAAGAAGAAGGAAAAAAGCCUGCCUGAGAAAAGCCGCCAGGAGAAUUUACUAUCUGUUUAGCCAACACGUUUUGAGAAGCCCCUGACUUCCGUUUCUUAGACCAUUUACUAAAAAUGUAUGUAUGUGCCUCUUGCAACCCAGAAGCGUCUCUCAAGGACCUGAGAAAUGCUUUGACCGUGGGCUCAUCGGGAAGGGUGGGGCCUCUGCCUCCCUUCUCCUACUUCCACACCCGCCAGCGAGCAGACACACCUGACCUAACCUCUUGGCUGAGCCGCUUGUGAUUUUUCACUUUUCUGACUCUGCUGAGCCCCCCUCGCCCCCUCCCUCACUCUCCCUUUGAAACACCCUGUCCACCUCUGCACAUCUGAUGCAGCUCAGCUCUGCCCUGCUGUGUGGUAGUUACUGAGUAAAAGCUGAUUCCCCUGCUUCCUAAUGUUUGGCUAUAUGUGUCUCAGGCUUGAUUUUUCUCUGUGUGUUUUUAUUUUUUUAUUUUAUUUUUUAAAUUAAUUUUUGUCUUGGCUUUUCUAAGGCCGCUCCCAGGCUAGGAGUCUAAUCCUAGCUGCAGCUGGCAGCCUACGCCAGAGCCACAGCAACUCGGUAUCUAAGCUGCAUCUGGGAACUACACCACAGCUCAUGGCAACGCUGGAUCCUUAACCCACUGAGCAAGGUCAGGGAUGGAACCCGCAACCUCAAGGUUCCUGAGCAAGGCCAGGGUGGAACCCACAACCUCAAGGUUCCUAGUUGGAUUCGUUAACCACUGAGCCACGACGGGAACUCCUUUUUUUAUGAACAUCUCUAAGAUAUGUGGCACACAUGCAGAAGGAGCAGGUCAGCGGCAUAUGGUAUACUACCUUUUUUUUUUUUUUUUUUUUUUUGUCUUUUUGCUAUUUCUUUGGGCCGCUUCCGCGGCAUAUGGAGGUUCCCAGGCUAGGGGUCGAAUCGGAGCUGUAGCCACUGGCCUACCCCAGAGCCACAGCAACGCGGGAUCCAAGCUGCAUCUGCAACCUACACCACAGGUCAUGGCAACGCUGGAUUGUUAACCCGCUGAGCAAGGGCAGGGACCGAACCCGCAACCUCAUGGUUUCUAGUCGGAUUCGUUAACCACUGCGCCACGAAGGGAACUCCGGUAUACUACCACUUUUGAAACAACAAAACAAAACACAAAAGAGAUCGGUAGGAGGACAAAUGGCAGCCCAGUGAGCUGGACGAACGCAUCGGGAUCCCUGUGUUGCAAGAUGGAUUCCCCGGCAGGGCAGGCGUAAGGCCUGGACUCUUUCCUCCUGGAGCGCAUUUCUUCAGCCGUGGCCUUGAAAAAGAAACAUGCUGAACGAGGACCGUGGAUCUUUGAUCGAGGAUCCUGGCCUAGAGUUUUUAUUUCCGAAUGCCAACCAGGGCAUCCAUUUUCGACACAGCAGAAAAGGCGUCCACACAAGGGACAGGGCUCCCAGGUGUCCGCCCCGCGGUCCUCGCCGCCAGUCGCCCCAGUGCCGACGGGCGCCACGAGAAAACCGGAAAUUGAAAUGUAGCAGCCGGACGGGAAACUCAGGCACACCAGGGUCAGGUAGCACCGGGGUGACCCUCCCGACUCUUUGGGGCUGCCACUCGCGGGCGCGGACGGGAGCGCGCAGCUCCCUGAAGCUGCAGGAUACCGGUGCUGGCAUUUGUUGAGUGUUUCCUGUGCCUGAAGCCCCAAUAAGUGACUUAAUCCAUGACAGCUGUCUUGUGAACAGGCUCCUGAGGCUCCUGGCCAGAAGCUGGAGGGGGCUUGAUCAACAAGAGUGAGAAACGACUCCGUUGUGCUUUCUAGCUCUGAGAUAGAAAAUGUCUGCAGACGGCGGAGGCAUCCGGGCUGCCCAGGACAAGGAGAGAGCCGGAGAGACUCCAGGUCGUGGGCAUUCUGGUCAAGAAAUGCUUUCCGAGUUGGAGCAGACGGCGCCAUCAGGAGCCGCUCAGGAGUCACCCCACAUCAAGAUGGAGCCGGAGGAGCCGCAGCCCGCGGGGGUGUCGCAGGAGGCCAGAGCUCAGGGAGCACGGGGCUGGGAGCCCCCAAGCCGGGGCUCUAAGGAGAAAGCAUGUGUCCUGCCUGGCGGAGCCCUCCCGUCCCCCCAGGCCCUUGUGCUUUCCCGCGAGGGGAGGACCAGAGACCCGCGGAUGGCUGCGGCGCUCCUCACCGCCUGGUCCCAGAUGCCAGUGACCUUUGAGGACGUGGCUCUGUACCUCUCCCGGGAGGAGUGGGGGCGGCUGGACCACACACAGCAGAGCUUCUAUAGGGACGUCCUGCAGCAGAGGAACGGGCUGUCCUUGGCAGGGUGUCCCUUCAGCAGACCUGUCUGGGCCUCUCCAGCACAGGGCAAGGGCGAGGCCCCGAGCUCCAGCCGGCUGAUGGGAGAAGAGGAGAAGAGAGAAUCCCCCUGGGUCCCUCGUGCAAGCCUCUCUCUUGCUGGAAACCCUCUUUGUUCAGGAGCCGCGCAGCUGGGAAAGGAGGAGCUGGCUCCGUCCCUGACAGCCCUUGGGGAUGUGAAGUCCUUCAAAAACAGGGUGGGGAGAACCCAGGGGGACCCCCUGCAGUGCGGGCAGUCGGCAGCCAGCGGCCAGAGCUCAGGGCCCACCAAAGACCAUGUGCGGCCCAGGCCCCCCGAGCAGGGACAGCUGGAAGCAGCCCCGCCUGACGGCGGCCUCCCCAAGGCCCAGGAGGGCCGCGUCCCAGGGCAGCCCAGCGAGGCGGAGUCAGCCGCCCCCGAGAGCGAAAGCGGCGACGAGGGCCUGGCCCCCGACGCGGACGCGGGCAAGAAGACCUACCGGUGCGAGCAGUGUGGCAAGGCCUUCAGCUGGCACUCGCACCUGGUGACGCACCGGCGCACGCACACGGGCGAGAAACCCUACGCCUGCACGGACUGCGGCAAGCGCUUCGGCCGCAGCUCGCACCUCAUCCAGCACCAGAUCAUCCACACCGGCGAGAAGCCCUACACCUGCCCGUCCUGCUGGAAGAGCUUCAGCCACCACUCGACGCUCAUCCAGCACCAGCGCAUCCACACGGGCGAGAAGCCCUACGUGUGCGACCGCUGCGCCAAGCGCUUCACCCGCCGCUCGGACCUGGUCACCCACCAGGGCACCCACACGGGCGCCAAGCCGCACAAGUGCCCCAUCUGCGGCAAGUGCUUCACGCAGAGCUCGGCGCUGGUCACCCACCAGCGCACCCACACUGGGGUCAAGCCCUACCCGUGCCCCGAGUGCGGCAAGUGCUUCAGCCAGCGCUCCAACCUCAUCGCGCACAACCGCACGCACACGGGCGAGAAGCCCUACCACUGUCUCGACUGCGGCAAGAGCUUCAGCCACAGCUCGCACCUCACCGCCCACCAGCGCACCCACCGCGGCGUCCGGCCCUACUCGUGCCCCCUGUGUGGCAAGAGCUUCAGCCGGCGCUCCAACCUGCACCGGCACGAGAAGAUCCACACGGCGGGGCCCAAGGCCCUGGCCAUGCUGAUGCUGGGGGCGGCCGGGGCCCUGGCGGCACCCCCGUCAGCCCCCACCUAGGAGGCCAAGCAGGAGGGGCCAGGCGGGGGGAGCGGGGGUGGCAGGAGGAGCCGGCAGCUGCUGAGGGGGUGUGACCUGGCGCGGCCAGGGAGGGACUUGCUGGGGAAGUGCUGGCAUGGGGUUUGGGGCGCGGCGGCGCAGGAGGAGCUAGGGUGAGGAGCGGGCAUGCUGGCCGAAAAUUAAAGGCCUUGGAAUUCAA